GGGGGGCGGAGAUCCGAGAGGGGCGGCGCGGUGGAGGGCUCGGAGCAGGGCGGGCCGCAGCCUGUCGGCCCAGCACCACCUCUAGGGCACCAUGAACGCCAUCGUCGCGCUCUGUCACUUCUGCGAGCUGCACGGCCCCCGCACGCUCUUCUGCACGGAGGUCCUGCACGCCCCGCUGCCGCAGGGGGCUGGUAGUGGAGACGGCGCCGGCCGAGGCGAGCCAGCGGAUGAGGAGGAGGGUGGCAUUCAGAUGAGCAGUCGUAUCCGGGCACACAGCCCAGCAGAAGGUGCCAGCGCAGAGUCCAGCAGCCCGGGGCCCAAGAAGUCGGACAUGUGUGAGGGCUGCCGGUCACUUGCUGCAGGGCACCCCGGCUACAUCAGCCAUGACAAGGAGACCUCGAUCAAGUAUGUCAGUCAUCAGCACCCCAACCACCCCCAGCUCUUCAGCAUCGUCCGUCAGGCCUGCGUGCGGAGCCUGAGCUGUGAGGUCUGCCCUGGCCGCGAGGGCCCCAUCUUCUUUGGGGACGAGCAGCAUGGCUUCGUGUUCAGCCACACAUUCUUCAUCAAGGACAGCCUGGCCCGGGGCUUCCAGCGCUGGUACAGCAUCAUCGCCAUCAUGAUGGACCGCAUCUACCUCAUCAACUCCUGGCCCUUCCUGCUGGGCAAGGUCCGCGGGAUCAUCGACGAGCUCCAGGGCAAGGCGCUCAAGGUGUUUGAAGCGGAGCAGUUCGGGUGCCCGCAGCGUGCCCAGAGGAUGAAUACAGCGUUCACCCCAUUCCUGCACCAGAGGAAUGGCAACGCCGCCCGCUCACUGACGUCCUUGACCAACGAUGACAGCCUGUGGGCCUGCCUGCACACCUCCUUUGCCUGGCUCCUGAAAGCAUGCGGCAGCCGGCUGACUGAGAAGCUCCUGGAAGGCGCACCCACCGAGGACACCUUGGUCCAGAUGGAGCAACUUGCAGAGUUGGAAGAGGAAUCAGAAAGCUGGGACAACUCUGAGGCUGAAGAGGAGGAGAAAGGCCCUGCCCUGUCAGAGGGGGCAGAGGGGCGGGAGCUGACCAAGUGUCCAGCAGAGUCUUCCUUGCUCUCAGACUGUGGAGCCUGGCAGCCACGGAAGCUCUCCGUGUUCAAAUCGCUUCGGCACAUGAGGCAGGUCCUGGGUGCCCCGUCUUUCCGCACACUGGCCUGGCACGUCCUCAUGGGGAACCAGGUGAUCUGGAAGAGCAGAGAUUCAGACCUCGUCCAUUCAGCCUUCGAAGUCCUUCGGACCAUGCUGCCCGUGGGCUGUGUCCGCGUCAUCCCCUACAGCAGCCAGUAUGAGGAGGCCUACCGCUGCAACUUCCUGGGCCUCAGCCCCAACGUGCAGAUCCCUCCCCACGUGCUGGCCUCAGAGUUUGCUGUGGUUGUGGAGGUCCACACGGCCACUCGCUCCAGCCUCCCUGCGGUUGGGUGUGAGGGUGAGCAGCCUCUCAGCAAGUAUGAGUUUGUGGUGACCAGUGGGAGUCCGGUAGCCGCAGACCGAGUCGGCCCCACCAUCCUGAAUAAAAUGGAGGCUGCUCUGACCAACCAAAACCUGUCCGUGGACGUGGUGGACCAGUGCCUCGUGUGCCUCAAGGAAGAGUGGAUGAACAAAGUGAAGGUCCUUUUUAAAUUCACCAAGGUGGAUAGUCGGCCCAAAGAGGACACGCAGAAGCUCCUGAGUAUCCUUGGAGCGUCUGAGGAGGACAACGUCAAGCUGCUCAAGUUCUGGAUGACAGGCCUGAGCAAAACCUACAAGUCACACCUCAUGUCCACGGUCCGCAGCCCCACGGCCUUGGAGCCUCGCAACUGACCCCACCAUGGGAACAAGUGUCUAGGUGGCCUGCUCGAAGUGGCGAUGGCCACCUUGCCGUGACGCUCAGACACAGGUCUUUGAUGGCGGUCACAGGUGGUCCUAUAUCCGAAUGCUGACCUGACACUGUUUGCUCAGGAGUAGAAGCUGUUGGAGCUGAACUCUGCUCUCUGUGUGGGGUUCGCGCCUGGUGUGGUUCUUGGCACCAUCCCACAAACUUUGAGCUGCUCCAGCCCUGAAGAAGGCAGUUGGAGGCUUGUGACAGUUUGUCCCCUGCGUUCGCGCCCCCUGGGAGAGAAGAACGGACGGAAAGUAUGUAUAUCCUGUCUGUUCAGCCUCACCUGAGGUACCUCAGCCUCACUGUCAGAUCCUGUCAAGGUUAGCGGUUGAACCUUUCUAUUCUGGAAUUCAGCAAGGGUUUUCCAGGUUUUGUAUGUGUCGUGAGUUUCCCUGUAGUUAUGGUUUUUCAGAGUAUGUGCUAAUCUGGAGUCACUGCUAAUAACCUGGCUUCACGUCAGAGCUCUGGGAAUGGCUCUGGGUGGAGUGGAUGUUCCACGCUCAUCGUUGGAGCAUCUAGAAUUCGUGUUUUUAAGUUAUCUGUUUCUAAGUUAAGUUUUAACCACCACUCUUCUGCCCAUUCUCUGCUGUGGUUGCUUUGAGAGUAUCCUGAGCUUGAGGACAAGCCCUGAUCUUUUUGCAGAGAUGACACUCUGCUGAAAUGCCAACUGGAGUCCUUUGACUGGCCUGGCUCACUAUGUACACAGCUGAGACACCCGUUGUAGUUUUAUUCCAUAUCACUCUGCCCUUGAUUGCUUCUUUAAACAUCUACAUUUGGCUGCAGUUAAUUUUGGUGUCUUAAGACAGGUUCAUUGUCCCUGUGUACAUUUUUAAUAAGGAUUUGUGGUUUGGAAGGAUUUUCCAGUAAUUUUGCUGAUUUGUUUAUAGUUUUUUGUGUUUAAUUUAUAUUUAACAGGAAGACCAUGUUUAUAUGACUAGGUAUAUGUAUUGUGC